ACAUUUUCAUCUUCAUUCAGAAAAAGCGCCUAAUACAUUGAUCAUGGCAUCACACAUUUCCUCCUCCAUUGUUGUUUUGCUAGCCUCACUCUUUCUCACCUCACAAACUUUUUCUUCUGUUCUCAUUGCUAGUGCUGCCAUCCCAGAUCAAAAUGAUCUUGAUCUUCUGGAAUUUCCUCUCAAUUUGGAAUACUUGGAGGCUGAGUUCUUCUUGUUUGGUGCUUUGGGUCAUGGGCUUGAUGUAGUUGCUCCAAACUUAACUGGAGGAGGACCACCUCCUAUUGGGGCCAGAGCGGCCAAACUAGACCCCCUUGUUAGGGAUGUCAUCUAUCAGUUUGCUUUGCAGGAAGUUGGACAUUUGAGGGCUAUAAAGAGCACAGUGAAGGGGUUCCCAAGGCCUUUGCUGAAUCUAAGCAAGGCAUCAUUUGCCGAAAUAAUGGACAGUGCCUUUGGGAAACCUCUAAGCCCUCCUUUUGAUCCCUAUGCCAAUUCCAUCAACUAUCUUCUUGCAUCCUAUGUCAUUCCUUAUGUUGGUCUCACUGGUUAUGUUGGAGCCAAUCCACUCCUGCAAAAUGCUACUUCCAAGAAGCUUGUUGCAGGCCUUCUGGGAGUAGAAUCAGGUCAAGAUGCAGUCAUUAGAGCAUUGUUAUAUGAACGUCGAGCUUUAAAGGUGCAUCCUUAUGGAAAUUCAGUGGCAAAGUUUACAAAUCGCAUUUCAACACUUAGGAAUAAGUUGGGAGGCUCAGGUUUGAAAGAUGAGGGUCUUAAAGUCCCUAAAUUGCAAGGUGCUGAGGGAGAAACCGAAGGCAACAUUCUUGCUGGUGACAAAUAUUCAAUGGCAUAUGCGAGGAGUCCUGAAGAAAUAUUGAGGAUAGUAUAUGGUGGAGGUGAUGAACAUGUCCCUGGUGGCUUCUAUCCUAAAGGAGCAAAAGGCCGUAUAGCCACAUCUUACUUACAUAGUAACUAGACCAAACUAUAUGCAAUUCUAGAGUCUCUACACUUUAGAUUGUAAUGUGUCUUGAAACUAAAUAUACAUUAUGUCUAUUCUAGGUAUAGUGUAUUAUAAUAAUAUAAGGAAUCUUGGUCACAGAA